ACAAUAUUUUUGGUGGGCUAUAUUCCCCAUGAAGAUCACAUAAAAUGUUCAUCAGGAAAUACUAAUUGCACAAUCAGCAAUGUAUACCGAUCAUUUCCCGAUCGAAGCAUAUGCCGAGCAGCUGAAGUUGCUUAUCCUGCAACAGAAGAAGAGCUUCUUUCAAUCGUAGCAAAUGCAACUUUUCUGCAGAAGAAAAUGAGGAUAGCUACCUCAUUAUCCAACAGUAUCCCUAAGCUUAUGUGUCCAGACGGUGAAUAUGGCUUAAUUAUUAGCACUAAGUACCUUAACAGAAGGGUGGGUUUGGACAAAUCAGCCAUGACUAUAACAGUCGAGACUGGAAUGACUCUAAGGCAGCUGAUCAAUGAGAGCGCCAUGGCUGGCUUAGCUCUACCUUAUGCUCCUUACUGGUGGGGUGUGACAAUAGGUGGAAUUUUGGGAACGGGUGCACAUGGUAGCACAUUGUGGGAUUUGGGACCUGCAGUUCAUGAUUAUGUGAUUGAGCUUCGGAUUGUAACGCCAGCAGGGCCUGAUGAGGGGUAUGCAAAUGUUCGGACACUGAAAAUUGGUGACCCUGAGCUUGAUGCAGCUAGAGUCUCUCUUGGAGUUCUUGGAGUUAUUUCACAGGUGACACUGCAAUUGCAGCCAUUGUUCAAGAGGUCUAUAACCUUCUUAGAGAAAGAUGAUUCGGACUUAGGAGCUCAAAUUUCUACCUUCGGCAACCAACAUGAGUUUGCAGACUUUACUUGGUUCCCAAGUCAAAAGAAGGUUCUCUAUCGUAUUGAUGAUAGAGUCCUCUACAACACCACUGGAAAUGGUGUUUUUGACUUUUUCGGACUUAGCCCUGUAUCUUCAUUUCUUACGGCAGUUUCAAGAAUCAUAGAGGAGAUUCAAGAAUAUACAGGUCAUGCUGUAGGGAAAUGCAUAACCGGAUCACUAGGCAGAUACGUACUCAAAAAGGCUGGAUAUGGGCUGACUAACGAUGGUACUAGUUUUAAGGGCUACCCUGUGGUAGGGUAUCACAAUAACCUUCAAUCAAGUGGGACUUGCCUUGAUACCCCAAAGGAUGGAUUAUGGACAGCAUGUGCAUGGCACCAGAGAUUUAAGGGGUUAUAUUUUUUCCAAAAUGGAAUCAGCAUUAGCUUAUACAAAGCCAAGGAUUUCAUUCAAGAUGUGCAAAAGCUUGUUGCUUUACAACCUAAGGCCUUGUGCGGUGUUGAUAUUUAUAAUGGUAUCCUUAUCAGAUAUAUUACAGCAUCAAGUGCUUACCUGGGCAAACAAGAAGAUUCUGUGGAGUUUGAUAUAACUUACUAUAGAAGCAAGGAUCCAAUGGCCCCAAGACUACAUGAAGAUAUCUUUGAAGAGAUAGAGCAAAUGGCAGUGUUCAAAUAUGGCGGAUUGCCUCACUGGGGCAAAAAUAGGCAUCUCACUUUUAUUGGUGUAAUCAACAAGUAUGAAAAUGCUGGUGAGUUUUUGAAGGUCAAACAAUCGUAUGAUCCUUUAGGGUUGUUUUCGACUGAGUGGACAGACAAAGUUCUUGGCUUGAGAGAUGGCAUUACAGUAUUGAAAGAGGGUUGUGCAUUAGAAGGAUUGUGCAUAUGUUCACAGGACAUUCAUUGUGCCCCAAAAAAGGGAUACUUCUGUCGACCAGGAAAAGUUUAUAAGAAUGCCAGAGUUUGUACUCAAUUGACAUCCUAA